AUGAGUGAAGACUUGGCAUCGCCACAUGGGUCUCUAAUGUUGUCAUUGAAACAAAAUUCAUCUAAGAAGCGAAAUUCUUCAGAUUUUCUAAAUGAUAUUGACGUACCCGUAAAACGAAUGAAAAUUUAUGGACAAAAUUUGGAAAUCAUUAAAAAAGACGAUCCUAGAUGUCACAAAAUCAUGGACCAGGUAGAGACCAAUGGUUACGUCCUAACGUAUAGUCAAGGCAAUAAAGCACACCCUGAUUGGAAAGAGAGUGUGAGUGGACAAAAUCCCACCAUCAUUAACAUCGUGUCCAUGUCACAAGGUCGCCGGCAUGUUGUGUGCCUCAGUGACGAAGGAAGUGUCCUUACCUUUGGCUCUAAUAAUGAAGGAGCCCUAGGUAGGGAAGUUUCUGAAUAUGGAGUGACGGUGCCUGGAUUUGUACACCUACCGGCACCGGCUAUUCAAGUCACUGCUGGAGACACACACAGCUGUGCCCUGCUGAAGGAUGGUCGAGUGUACUGUUGGGGAUCUUUUCAAGAUUCACAUGGGCUUCUUGGCUUGAUAACAGGCAAACAAGAAAUAAGUCCAGUGAAUCUUGAACCAGGCAAAAGAUUCACACAAAUAAUGUCAGGAGCCGACCACAUUAUAUUACUAGACAAUACAGGAACAAUGUUCACUCUUGGUUGUGCAGAGCAGGGGCAGCUGGGACGACUUCCAGAAAAAAAAACAGGUAGGAACAGUAGCCGAGGAAAAAAUUCCCUGCUGGUUCCUACCCCAGUUCAAAUUAAAAUGAAAAAAAAUUCUCUAAUAAAAAAAAUUUGGGCUGGAAGGGAGUCGUCUUAUGCUGAAGACAUUCACGGCAAUGUGUUUGUAUUUGGGAACAACUACUAUGGUCAACUUGGGCUUAGAAAGGGUGGUAGGAUUUUUUGGCCUCAAGUUGUAAACACUUUGAGUGGUUACAAGUGGGCUAAAAUUACUCCUCCACAACGCCAUAAUAUACACUUUGCAGAAAAGAGAGAAGUUUACAUACUGGGAAAAAAUAUGCACACAGUAUUAGGACUUGGUACUGUGAAAGAAGAUGCUACAGAGGUUGUGCAUGUACCCACAAUCCGUGGCACCAAAUGCAUGGAUGUUGCGGUUGGAACUGCACAAUCCAUUGCUGUAACAAAAACUGGAAAAAUGUAUACUUGGGGGACUGACUCGGAUAAAGAGUUUAAGACUGGAAAAAAAAAUGAGGUCCUUAAGCCUCAAUUAAUAAGUUCUGAACUCGUCAAAGAUUUUGAAUUCCUGCUAGUGUCAGAAUUACAUGAUAAAGAUAGUGAUUUCUGUAAAAUUCUUUUAAGUUAG